UCCCGUUGUUCCUACUUUACACACACACCCUUUUUCCUCUGUGUCUCAGUUCUGCUUUCUCACUUUCAGCUCCAGCAGCGUCUGCAGCUUCUCCCGAGUUUCCUUCCUCUUUGAGUCUCUGCUCCGUGCGUAAGUCAGGAUGAGCGGCGAGGGACCGAUGGGCCCGCUGCAGGCCAAGAUGCUGAAGGCGAAGGAGAUGAGCAACGAGGAGAAGGUGUACAGAUACAAUGGUGUGCUGUACUUGACCGUCCUGUCUCCCGAGGAGCAUUUAAAGUGUCUGGAGAAGAUGCAGGCCAGAGAGGACGACAUCAUGCUGGUGGCUUACCCCAAAUGUGGUUUCAACUGGAUGGUCGGGGUGAUAAAGAAGAUCAUCACAGCGGCUACAGGCGUGAAGUCGGAAAGCAAACUCCCGCCGCUGAUCGAGUUUCAUGGACCAGAAAAUUUAAAGAACGUGGAAGAAGCUCCUUCUCCAAGACUUCUGGGUGCUCACCUUCACCCCGACAACAUUCCUGCUUCCUUCUACGAAAAGAAGACUAAGAUUCUGGUGGUCUUCAGAAACCCGAAAGACACAAUGGUCUCCUUCUAUCAUUUCUCCAACAGCAACCCAGCGCUCCCAUCCGCAAAGUCCUGGGACACCUUUUACUCCCAGUUCAUGAGUGGAGAAGUUCCCUGGGGGUCAUACUUUGACCACGCCUUAGGUUGGGAGAAGAAGAUGGACGACCCCAAUGUCAUGGUCGUUACAUAUGAAGAGCUGAAACAGGACCUGAGCGAGAACAUCCGUAGGAUCUCCAGCUUCUACGGCUUCAGCCUGACAGAGGCUCAGGUGCAGCAGAUCGCAGAUGCGAGCACCUUCAAAGCCAUGAAGGAAAGCUCCAGCAGCUCCCACGGCAAUAUGGGGAAUGUCUUCUUCAGGAAAGGUGAGGUUGGAGACUGGAAGAACUAUUUCACACCAGAGCAGAGCCGAGAGAUGGACGAGGUCUUCAACAAACGUCUGGCAGGAACAAAGAUAGGAGCCAAACUUAACUAUCAAGCACACUGUCAGUAGGAGGAAGACAAAGGAAGACACAGGAGAGCUUUGGGAAAAGGCAUCUUUAUGUGGGUUUACCUUUAAUAUUGUUAAACUUAAAUUAGUGGAUGAGGCUCAGUUCACAGCCAAAGACCCACUGUUUAAAUCUCAAGUAAAACAAGCAGAAAAAAAGGGAUAGAAAGAGGGAAAACCGAUCUCAUGAUUCAAGCAUUUUAACCCCAAUAUGCAAAUGUAGUUUCAACCGAAGUCUGAUUGUGUUGUGAUUAGAACCUAUUCUGCUCAUUUCCAGCUCCAUAUUUCUAUCCUUGGACUGGAGUAACUUUGCAUUAUUCACAGCACCAGUAUUCAAGCAAUAUAUGCACCACCCACUUCUCAAUUUGAACAUCAGAUGGGGGUGGGGCUCCUGUGCCUCAGGUGACCUCUUUUUGACAUCAUACAGAUCCAAGAGUAGAAAAAACUGUCACAAACUGAGUGUUUAUAGCAGUCUGCAACCGGAGCUUUUGACUGACAGGGAUUAUUGUAUCUCAUUAUUUAAAACUCUGGUCAAGUUUAAUAUGAACAUCCAUCAUUAGACCAGGAAAUGAGGAAGACUAACUCAAACUAAAACCGCUUUUUGUUUCCUUUAAAUCACAUAAAGUAGAUAAAGUGAGAGAUGUUUGGUGUAGUCCUGAUGAUUCAAAUCAAAUGAGCACACUCGUUCGAACGGCAGCUACCUGGAACCAUGAUGGUGCAGUUCAGGAAACACUCCUGUGGCUGAUUCUGUGGCAAUCAAACAAUACUGUAAAACAGUCACAUUUUGAGUUACAUGUACAUUACUACAAACAGCACAUCGCUGGAAGAUAUCAUUGCAAUAAACAAUAGAUCUCUUUUGUCUUGA